UAUGUGAUAUUUAGUCUUAAUUUUAUUUUUUUUCAGCAAGCAAAAAUUAUAUAAACAACGGCGAGAGAUAAUGGAUUUUCAUUGAGCUUUCUUUUUGUGUUAGUGAGAGAAAGUUCUCUCUCUUUGACUCACAACCCUAUUGCGUGCUUUGCAAUCGACCCCGCUUAUGGCCAACAGUAACCUCCCUCGAAGAAUCAUCAAGGUUCGUACCCAUUUCCUCGUUAAGAUCCCAAUUUCAAUUUCAUUGAUCGAUGCCAAAAACCAAAGGAACUCGAAAUCCGCUCGUGCUGCCUUGCUUUGUUGAUUUUUUUAGUAUCGCGUGACCCAAGAGCUUGACUGAACAAAUUACUGCUAUUUCCGUUUAAGGAAACGCAGCGUUUGCUCAGUGAGCCAGCGCCUGGAAUUAGUGCGUCCCCUUCGGAGGACAAUAUGCGGUAUUUCAAUGUGAUGAUCCUUGGCCCGACUCAGUCGCCAUAUGAAGGGGGAGUUUUCAAGUUGGAAUUAUUUUUGCCAGAAGAAUAUCCAAUGGCUGCUCCAAAGGUUAGGUUUCUGACAAAAAUAUAUCAUCCGAACAUUGAUAAGCUUGGCAGGAUAUGUCUUGACAUUCUGAAAGAUAAGUGGAGUCCUGCCCUUGGGAUUCGCACUGUACUUUUGAGUAUUCAAGCUCUUCUAAGUGCACCUAACCCAGAUGAUCCACUUUCUGAGAACAUUGCCAAGCAUUGGAAAUCUAAUGAGGCCGAGGCUGUUGAAACAGCCAAGGAAUGGACCCGGUUAUAUGCUAGUGGCGCUUGAUGCUUUGGGGGAAACUUUUGGCUUCAAAUAUCUAUAGUGGAAGUGUAUGCUGUAUAACUGUCAAAUUGAAAUGGAAAUUUGGAGGAAUUGUCUAAACUAUUUUGGAGUAAAUAUUCCCCGUAGCUUCCGGGGGUACCUGUUAAUUACUUUCUUUCUCCUGGAAGCCUGAUCUUGGAACUUGUAUGAAAAACAUGUGAUCUUUUCUGUGACAAAUUUAAACAUGCUUCAUCUCCCAACUCCUGAGUAAUUUGGGAUCCUCAAACUUAAUAGUAAAAAAUUUCGAAUAAG